CGAGAUCACGUGUUUGUUUAUGCUACCAUUAAGUAGCAUUUAGCUUUGUAGAAAUAUCAAAUAUUGAUAUGGCUGCUUUUGAACUAUUAAAUGAAUCGGAAAAGCCACGGCAUCAUCCAUUCUUAAUUGGCGUUAGCGGGGGAACUGCUAGCGGCAAGUCAACAGUCUGCGCCAAAAUUAUGGAGCUUUUGGGACAGAAUAAAGUGGACCGCCACCAAAGAAAGGUUGCCAUCAUAAGCCAAGACAGUUUCUACAAAAUACUUACUCCUGAGCAAAAAGCCAAGGCCCUUAGAGGACAGUACAACUUUGAUCAUCCAGAGGCGUUUGAUACUGAAUUGAUGUACCAAACAUUGAAAGACAUUGUGGAGGGCAGAGUCGUUGAAAUCCCAACAUAUGACUUUGUAACUCACUCCAGACUUCCAGAGAGCAUUACCUUUUACCCUGCAGAUGUAGUCUUGUUUGAGGGCAUCCUUGUUUUUUACCCACUAAAAGUGAGAGAGAUGUUCCAUAUGAAGCUCUUUGUGGACACUGAUUCGGAUGUCAGGCUGUCCCGCAGAGUUCUGCGAGAUGUGAACCGAGGAAGAGACUUGGAGCAAAUUCUCACUCAGUACACAACAUUUGUCAAGCCUGCGUUUGAGGAGUUCUGUCUUCCUACAAAAAAAUAUGCAGAUGUCAUAAUCCCAAGAGGCGUUGAUAAUAUGGUGGCAAUUAACCUGAUUGUCCAGCAUAUUCAAGAUAUUUUGAAUGGCGACCUCUGCAAAUGGCAACGCGCAUCUAUCAGUGGUCGUGGAUUUAAGAGGGCCGUUUCAGAGCAGGGCAACCUACAGAAUGGCAUUGCUAAUCCUCCAGGAAAAAGGAUCCUGUUGGAACCCAGCAGCAGACCACACUGAGAAAUGGUUUGCAGAUCAUUCACCUGUGUAAGCAGAGGUGGGUAGUGUAGCAAAAACAAAUAGUACUUGGACUCUAUAUUUAUAAAGGGUGGUACUAUUGAAGUGCUAAGCUACCAUUUUAGCGUGAUCAGGAAGAAAAAACAUAAAUGUCAGAUUCUGUGGCAUUUUAUGUACCAUGAAAAAAACCUGAAAAUAUUUAGAUACAAUGACACCCAAACAUUAUGUUAUUACAAUAGACUUAACAGUACUACUUUUUUGAGCAACUCCUU